UUCCCCACCCCAACCCCAACUCCGCCGCGCCGCCGCUGCAACCGCCUCGGCGUCGCCGGCGCGAAUGGCGAAGAAGCACAAGGAGCCCGCGUCCGACGGCGCCGCAGCCAUUCGCUCCCUCUUCUCCGCCGACAACCCCUUCCGCCGCAAGCCCUCCGACGACGAGCCCGCUCCUCCGGUGCCCACCGUUACCGCUGCCGUGUCGGCGGCGCUUGGUGACCCCGAAUCCCAAGCCGAGGCUGGGCCGUCCGCGAAGGAGCGCAAGGAUGGGGCCCGCCGCAAGCGGAAGCGGGACGAGGUCGAGGCCGGCUACGAGCGGCGGAGGCUCGGGGCACCUGGGGAGGAACCCGCGCCUCCUCCUCCCGUCGUUGGGGAGAAGAGGAAGGUGCCUGAAGAUUUAGCGGCGGCGGCGGGGGCGAGGGCGGAGGAGGAAGAGGAGGCUUUCGACGACGAGAGCAAGCUGCUCAGGACGGUCUUCGUGGGAAACCUGCCGCUCAGGACCAAGCGGAAGUCAAUCACCAAAGAGUUCGCGGCGUUCGGCGAGAUUGAGUCCGUCAGGAUACGCUCCGUGCCGCUUUCCGACACCAAGAUUCCGAGGAAAGGAGCCGUCAUAAAGGGGAAAAUCAACGAUUCCGUCGACAAUGUACAUGCCUAUAUUGUGUUCAAAGAUGAGCAGGGUGCGCGUGCUGCUUUAUCUCAUAAUAUGGGCCUGUUUGAUGGCAAUCAUAUCCGUGUUGAUAUGGCAUGUCCACCUCGCAAAAAACUUAAAGGAGAAGGGGCUCUUUAUGACAGAAAGAGGACAGUUUUUGUUGGUAAUCUUCCGUUUGAUAUAAAGGAUGAAGAGGUGUACCAAAAGUUCUGUGGCUCCAGUGGUUCAGAAGCUGAUGUUGAAGCUAUACGUGUUAUUCGAGAUCCAGAAUCAAGCCUAGGAAAGGGUAUCGCGUAUGUCUUGUUCAAGACAAGGGAGGCUGCUAACACUGUUGUAAGAAAACGGGAUCUCAAGAUUAGAGAUCGCCUUUUGAGGCUUGGCCAUGCAAAAUCUACUGAUUCGACACCAAAGAAGACCAUGGAUGCUGGCAAAACAAAAGGUAUGUCAAAACACAAGAUAGCUUUGACACCAAGCAGCAAAUCCCAUGAAGGCGGUGACAAGACCAAACGGAAGGCGUCAGCUUUGUCAUACCAAGGCCUUAGAGCAAGCAAAUCUGGUGUCGUGAAGAAGGCGAAAGUGAGCCAGCGUCCAAGUAACCAAGGGAAGCAACAAGGCAGGACUAGUGAGACAGGACACGAUAGUAGUUCUCGCAUAGCCAAGCGCCCUGCUGUUGCAGCAAGAAAGGCAAAGCAACUAGCCAAGAAACGCAAGUUGGAUGCUCAAACUCCUGAAAAUACACAUCGGAGCAAAAAGGCAAAGAAGUAACCAUCCCUGAUUCCAGAUUAUCAUCCUGUCCUUGUAGUGGGACUGGGAGGUUGAAACUCAGAUUUUUGGAUAAAAUGAGCUCCCUGUAUUGCUACCCCAUAUGCAAUGUCUGAUUUUGCUUUGAAGAACAAAUACAAGAGCGAAUGCAAGGCUGAUACGAGUUUGGGGUAGAACUUACAUUAAAGUUUGCACUCCUGUAUACUAACGUUAAUGAUGUUUUCUGUUGUAACAUCAUGCACUGAUAUCAUUCAAUUUUGCUUUUGAUCAAAAUGUUUGCACUCAUUGUAUUCGUCAGCUGGCAUCAUGGCUCCAGAGUAUGAGCUUUCUAUAGUAAUCACCAAAUUAUUUGAUGUGAGGCAUGCGCCAU